AUGUAUAUCAACAGCAACAAGAAGAUAAAACUCCUUUCUUAUGAUAAGAGAGGACAGCGCGAAUCGAAUAAACAUCAUCAAGCUUAUUCUGGUUCAGACGUUGCAGUAGCCGUGGAUACAGGUGCUAAGGAGAUUGGCUUUGCCCAAGAUCAAAUUACUCAUGUGAGUCCUCAAGGUGUGGAUUUGAUUUGUGGUUUUGAGGGAUUAGAGCUUAAAGCCUAUGAUGAUGGUGUCGGUGUGUGUACUAUCGGUUAUGGAACAACGAUUUACCCGCAUGGAAAAGCUGUCCAGUAUGGUGAUACUUGUACCAUUGAACAAGCAAAAAACUAUAUGCAAUAUGACCUUAGACGUUUUGAGCAAGCAGUAACUGCUGCUGUAAAUGUGCCGUUAAAUCAAAAUCAGUUUGAUGCGUUGGUUUCAUUGAGCUAUAACAUUGGUAUUGGUGCUUUUAAAAAUUCAACUUUAUUAAAAUUAUUGAACGCCUCUGAUUAUCACGCUGCCAGUGAUCAAUUUGAUGUUUGGAUCAAAGCAGGUGGCAAAACAGUACAAGGUUUAGUAAACCGAAGAGCAGUAGAGAAACUCUUAUUUAACUCAUAA